UACUUUUAUUUAAGGAUCUGGGUACCAACACUGCAGGUCACAGAAUCUGAUGGGUCACCAAAUAUGGUGUAACACCGUACAGGGAAUUGGACAGCAGGCUACUGAGAAUGAUAAGGACACUUUGAAAUCUUGGUUGGGUACGCUGUUUUCAUAUGCUGAUCACCUAUAGUGUACUUGACUUAACAGAGUGACAGUCCCAUCUGUGUUUGACAGGACACACUCUUAACCUGGACGAGCAACGCUGCGGUUUGAUUUUGAGGCCUCCUACCGUCUUCUCCACAGCUAUUCAAAUGUGGCUGACGGUCGUUUCCAUCCCGCUGCUUCCUGCCAUCAUCAUUUUAUCCAGCCGCUAUCGUGUCAAAGUUGCCACACUGUGCCAUCGAGCUCUGGCCUGGGCACUGAGACUGGUGCGAGGAAGAGUGUGUGUAAGGAGCACCCACGCCUUUGUGUUCUCCGAAUGCACCCACGGCAAUGCUGACAGCGUCCUGGAGACCUUUGACCUCUAUGCUGACACACAUCCUUCUCUCUGCAUCGGUCCACAAAUUGGCGAGGCGCUGGAUGAGGUGGUGAGGCAAAUUUGCCCGUCUAGGGUGCUGGAGCUGGGGAUGCACUGCGGCUACAGCUCUGUCCGCCUGCUGCGUCUGUUGUCCCCUGUUGGCAGACUGAUCACAGUGGAGCUGGACCCUUUCACAUCAGAGCUAGGAGAGGAAAUCAUACUGGUGGCGGGCUUCAAACACUCCCAGUUCCAGGUGUUGACAUGUAGUUCAGAUGAGAGCAUCCCAACAUUGCAUCCAUUUCUUGAACCUGAUCAAGGGAACAGUGAGGGUUUCAAUCUGGUGCUGAUGGACCAUGACCCCCAGCAGUACCUUACAGACCUGCUGGCCCUGGAGAGAGAAGAGCUCCUCUGCCCCUCUGGCUGCUCUGUUCUUCUGAUCAUCAGGGACCCAAGAGCUGAAAGUCUGAGAGGAAUUGUGGAUUAUAUCAGAGCAAAACCAGACUGUUACUGCAUCAAGACAGAGCUUCAGUUUAUGACAGAGAUCUUCUUCCAGAAGGAAAGAACUAGCAUAAACGUCAACCAGAGAGUCUAAAGAAGUGUGUGUGUGUGUGUGUGUGUGUGUGUGUGUGUGUGUGUGUGUGUGUGUGUGUGUGCUUUCUUUCUUUGUGUACUUUAUCAACCAUAACCACUGUACCUUCUUGAGUAUUACUUAUGUGUGAGACCUGUGUGCUGAAUAAAUGGUUUACGACAGUUUUU